AUGGCACCCGCGGCGACGAAGAACACCACGACUACCACAAAACCGACGGCGACUCGCUCCUCGACGAGGAUUAGCAGGCAGACACCUGCAUCUACACGAGGUGAGUCGCAAGCUCCACCGCCCGUCACUGAUGAGUCUGGCGAUGGAGAGGAUAGGGCAUGCUCUCCGCGAUCGAGGGUCGGGAGAGACUCGGAGGACGAAGAGGAAUCCGAGCGGGGCGAUGAUUCGACCCCGGUGCAGAGCCAACGCCGCCCUGCAGCUGUCCCUAAGGUUGGGAAUGGGAGCAACGUUGCUGCCCCAAUCGGACCCGAGACUACCUCUCGGUCCGCAGCUGCGAGGCAGGUACGCUCACGGAGUGUUGACUCCAAUCGAAGACCAGUGCGUGACGACGCGCUGGACGAGGCUUGGGCCGCGGUGGCUCAAACUCGAAGCAACCUCGAGGCGCUCGAGCGUCGUCUCUUUCAGAGGUAUGGGCCGCUCGUCGAUGAGCCGGAUCCCAGCGAAGACGAACAGGAAUACCCCCCACCAAAGGCUGGUCCGUCGGGGCGGGGAAAGGCUGUGGACCCAAGAAAUCGGGGAGCAGCUGGAAUUCCUGAGGAUGAAAGUAAUCCCGAGGUGCAGCAUGCGCUCCUCGCAGGGAUCAGAGAAUCGGCGGCCGAUGAUGGCGACCGAAACAUGCGGUACACCCCAGUAGAUACUGUAGAUGACCGGCAUCUCGGUCACUCUACACUCGCCUAA